AUGUCGGCUGAUGAACGAUUUGACAGCAUGCUGUUGGCUAUUGCCCAGCAACACGAUGGGAUUGAUUCCAUCCUUGACACCUUCUUCUCCUUUCUUGGGAGGAAAACAGACUUUUUCACGCAGCCGCAAAAGGCUCGCGAGUCGGUACAGCGGGCUCUGGAGCGUCAUCUAGUGCGAGCCGAAGAGAGGCUGCAGAAGAAGCAGACAGAGGAAGCGCUACGAAAGCAGAAAGCCGCUGCUUCACGAGUGGAGGUGUUGGAGGACGAGGAAGAAGCGGCAUCCAAGGCAGCCGCUAAAGCAGCAGCAGAGGCCGCCAAGCGCAAGGCGGAAAUGGAGAAGGCGGCCAAUGCGGUAGCCAACGCCAAGGAGGACGAGGAUGGUAUGAAGCCAAAGGGACUUCCUCCGACCGCGGGCAAUGGAUUUGACUACGAGCAUUAUAUGUUUUCCCAAACUCUGCAGGAGGUGGAGGUGCGAGUGCCGUUACCCAUUGCAAAUGCCAAGGGAAGAGACCUUGAUAUCGUGCUGCAGCAGCGCCAUAUGCGUGUUGGAAUGAAAGAGAAAACGCCCAUUGUGAAUGGUGAUCUCUACGCCGCCGUAAAGGCUGAAGAGUGCAUGUGGACUAUAGAGGAUGGUUCUACGGUUGUUAUCACGCUCACGAAAAUGAAUCAGAUGGAAUGGUGGAAGACCGUCAUUGCCGGUGAUGCGGAAAUCGAUCUACAGAAGGUGGUGCCGGAGAAUUCCAAGUUAGAUGAUCUUGACAGUGAAACGCGACAGACGGUGGAGAAGAUGAUGUACGAUCAGCGUCAGAAAGCGAUGGGUUUGCCAACGUCGGAGGAGCAGCAGAAGCGGGACAUGCUGGCAAAAUUUAUGGCGGCACACCCAGAAAUGGACUUUUCACAAGCAAAGAUCUGUUAA